UAUUGCUGCAAUGAAUUAAUGUCCCAUUUCGUUCAAAAAAAAAAUCAUUCACCUUUUUCUUCAUCGUUCACCUUCUUCUUCACCAUUCCGUUCUUCUUCCUUCGUCAAUCAUCAUACUAUAAGGAACCACCACCAAAUCUCAUAAUAAAAGUUUCUUCAUAAUUCUUCCUCAUGAUUCAACAACAGUCGAUGGUAUUAUAAAGAGAGAUUGGCUUCUUAAGCACCACACUGAGGUUCCUACUGUCGUCGCUGCAGUUUUAACAUCCGAUCAUGUCUUCGAUGAUGCUGGCUUUAGCUCCGCACUAACCUUGAGAAUCUCAGAACAUCAAAUUGGUCAUGGGCCCAAUUGGAUUUGAGUUUUUCCGUCUGGGUGUGUGUUGAUGUUGGGAAUUGACAAACGGUACAAGGAAAGGCAAAAGCAUUAAUGAGGAUCUUGACGCUACUGAUUUAAUCUUAAAGGAGAUAGUUAAAUGCUUAUGUGCUCGUGCAUAUUUUUCAGCAAGACAGGUGUAUCAGCGGCGGGGGUGGUAUGUGUUGUGGUUGCUUUGAGAUUGGUGAAUAUUCCACAGUGGUGAAGUGACGGUUACAGACGAAGAACAAGAAUCCUAACUCUUACAGACAAAAGAAGAAGACGACCUUGUAAAAUGUAUUCAAAACGCAUUGGGUUCUUAAUAGCUUUGAAGCGGUGCGUUUUGGAGGUGUUUUUAUGAGUCAGGGGUGCGUUUUGAAGCUGUUUUUACGAGUCAGCAAAAACAAUCUGACUCACUAAUUUUCCUUUUGUUACUUGCCAUAUCUGCCGACAGCCACCGUGAGAAUUGGAACUCAGCUGCCAGAGAGUAUAUUUGAAUAAAAAAUGAAAGUAUGGUACCAUUUUUGCAAAAUCUGAAAGGAUUAGCUAAAAAUGUUAAAAAUUAAAAAAUUCAGGUUUUUCUUAGGUAAAUAGGCCUUUUAAUAAUCGCUGGAAAAGAAAAAUAAACACAUCCAGUUGAUAACUAGCGAUCACAAAAGUUUUCACAAACGAGGGCAAGAUUUUCAUUGAUCGAGGAGGAGAGGGUAUCGCCAAUAAGUUAUUUUUUUCUUUUUCAAAUCAGUCAAGAUAAAAGAAGAAAUGGGAAAAGUAAUCAAGAGAUUUUUGACGUCUCCCUUAGUUGGAGUUAGUGUUUUGGUCACACUAAUUGCCUUAUUCAUGACUUCCAGAUUUUCAAUUAACAUUUUUGCUCCUAAGCAGAGAUUGUUUACUAGUGAAGAACUUGCUUUAUACAAUGGAACUGAUGAUUCUUUACCAAUUCUCUUAGGAAUUAUUGGGUCUGUUUUUGAUGUAACUAAAGGUAAAUCUCAUUAUGGUGCUGGGGGUGGUUACAAUCAUUUUGCUGGAAGAGAUGCUUCCCGUGCAUUUUUUUCAGGAAACUUUACAGGAGAUGGACUCACAGACUCGUUGCAAGGAUUGUCAAGCACUGAGGUAAAGAGUGUUGUUGAAUGGCGGGAGUUCUACUUCAAAAGCUACAUGUUUGUUGGUAAACUACUUGGCCCUUAUUAUGAUAUGCAAGGAAAUCCUACAAAAUUAUUAAAAGGGGUUGAAGCAAAGGCGGCAAGAGGUGCACAACUUUUGGAGAAACAAAAACAUGAAGAAGCCAAACAACCCAGCUGCAAUUCAAGGUGGAGUCAGGACGAGGGUGGAGAGGUCUGGUGUGAGACUGGAUUCCCAAGGUUAGUUCAGAGGCCUCUAGAAAUUGCUUCGGCUGGGAAGAUGAGCAAACGGUGUGCUUGCUUCAGAGAAGACCAACUAAGCCAGGCAGGGUUAGAAGUGUAUGAAGGAUGUGAUUAUCUUGCUAAGACUUGUCGAGUAUGACCUGAGUCAUUGAAGAUGUAAUUUCUUGAUGAUUUUAAGUUGAGUAUAACCUGAAAUGUCUUGCCAACUAAUCCAUGGGAACUAAAAGAUGGAGAUGACAAUUUGAGGGAAUCACGGCUGUGUGGCCAAGUGAUAUGUGCCGUCCACGACUCUCUGUAAUCCAAAUUGUUAGCUAUUUGUAUUUCCCUCAUUUUGCUAUAGAUAUAGUAACAGAAGGGUAUAUUAUAUAUGAUCGGGGAUAAUGUAGUUAUGUCAUUAUAGUGUUUAUAUUGUAAUCAAGUAUAUGAAGGAUUUCUUCUAUUGAAAUCAGUGCAUAUGGCUAGAUGUACUA